AUGUCUGAAAACCGAAAUAAAUUACCAGAUGAUAUUUUUAGUUAUAAUCAAGAUAAAUUUUAUGAAUUUAUUAAAUAUUGGUACGGUAAUGAUCUUGCUGAUUUAUUUACUUUUCAAGCAAUUCGAAAUGCAUCUCAUCUCAUGCACUGUACAGCUGAUCAAGUUUUAUCAAUUUUAGAACAUGAUUCCGAUGAUAUUGAUCAAUUGAAAAACUUAUGUGGUUUUCGACUUGCCAAUAAUCAAUUCCAAAUCAAAUUAGGAGUUAAACUUGCAAUAAAUAGUUUGAUCGAAUUAUUAAAAAUCAAACAAGAACAAGAAAAAAAGAAGAAGCGACCUUUAAAUUAUCGUCCACCAUCUAAUAUUGAUACAUCAACAAAUAUUAAUCAAACACAAUCUCAAAAUCAAGCAAUUUCACCAUCAGCUAUACCAUUAUCUCCAUCAAGUAGUGAUACAUGUUUAACAACAUUAACAUCAACAUCAAUAAAGAAUAUGACUAAUGAGGUUGAUCAUAUACUCGAUAUCAAAAAUCGAAUCAAUAACUGGUACAUCAAAGGUGAUAAUGAUAAUGUAUUAUUGGAUGAAGGUACACAUUACUCAUUAGAAAUCAACAAAUCAAUUAACAAUACAUAUGCUUGUGUUUUGACAUGCCAGUGCAAUAUUCGUUUUAAAUUACCUUUUUUAGCAGCUGGUUAUUUUAAGUUAUCUUCAUUUUAUCGCCAUUUGAAAGAAAAAGAUUGUAUAAAAUUAUCAAAUAUGACAACUACAACAAAUGAUAAAUCAAUUAAUAAAGAAAAUCAACCAAAUUCAUCUUCGAAAUCAUCAAAUACAAUGUUGAAGAAAACAUCUAUAACUUCCAAACGGCUUCGAUCACCAUCAAGAGAAACACCUUCAAAUAGUAGCAAGACGAAUGCCAAAAAGAAAUCAAUUGACUUUAACAAAUAA